AUGAAAUACGGCGAACAACUCGAGCAGGAAUCCGUUCCGGAAUGGAGUCUACAUAACGUCGACUACAACUCGCUCAAGCACGAGAUCAAGGUUCACACGAGCCGCGACCAGGCUACCGCAAUCGCCAUCCCCGGCCACCAGGAUGCCGCACUCAAGCGAUUCGAGGAUAAUCUUUACAACGAGCUCUGCCAACAGCACGACCGGGUCGACCUUUUCGUGUCCAGCAAGGCGGACGAGAUUUCGCGGCGGCUCCAGUACGUAUCCGACCAGCUCCAGAAGCUGAUUGUCAAGUGUGCCGAGGAGGGCGACCGGGUUUCGAUCAAGCGGCACCGUCGGUUCGCCAAGUACGAGAGGGACCUGCUUCGCUGCGGGGAGGAAACCCUUGCGCUUGCACGCUUCAUCAACGCCCAAAUUACCGCUUUCCGGAAGAUCACGAAGAAGUACAAGAAAUGGACGGGCUCCCCCACGCUCGGCGUGCGUUUCCGCGAGACCGUUCUCGCCAACCCCAAGAGCUUCACCCGUCAAGACCUGAACAACCUCCAGACCCGCUAUGAGGAACUGCUCAACACUUUGCGCAGUUCCAGCCCCCAAUUGAGCGAGCCCAGCUCGCCUUCCUCUGAUGAACUGGCGCCCACGCGCCGGGGAUCUACCACGGACGACUUCUUCUCGCCACUUCCACCUGCGCAGCGCCAGCCUCGCCAGCCUAUUCAGUAUCAGCAGCCGCAGCAGCCGCAGCAUUACUGGAACGAGUACGAUGACGGAAGCGAGGCUGGCGGGCAGGAGGACGAGUACGCCAUCUACAUUAGCCCCGACGACGAUAUGAGCUUCCCCGGCCUGGACUCGAUGCGAGCGAUCCUUGCGGCACCUUUCCGUCAUGCUAGGAGAUGGUUUUCGCGGCGGCAGGAUCCCGAGGGACAGCGAUUGUUGGGCAACGCUCCGUUCCUGGAGAGCUACGGCGGAAUCUCGCCUCUUGGCACCGAUACCGACGACGAGUAUGCCAGCUCUGACGGCAUACCCACGGCGGGAUAUGCGGCGCACUACGCCACUUUUCCAAGCAUCAACGAGCAGCAAGUCAGAAGGUAUCGCGAGCGCGUGCUGUUCUGGGCUACCAUCGGCUGCUUUGGCGUGUCCUUCAUGCUGCUCCUUGUGGCCGGCAUCCUCAUCUCCACGGGCCGCCACAAGCUCCGCGCCGAGGUCGACGCCGGUGUCACGGUCGGCGUCGUGGCCAGUCUGUUCAGCGCCUGCCUCGCCCUGGGCAUGUCGCUGUACCGCCGGGACGACCUCGGCAUCUGGCAGCGCGUGGCCGUGUACAGCAGUUUCUUCACGGCCUGCGUCCUCAACGGCAUGUUGCUGAUCCUCGUGGUGGGGAACACGGCGUAG